UAAUAUUAUAUAUUAAAUCUAACCUUACUAAUCUAAGAUCCAAACAAAGAACUCUGCGUUUACAUUGCACCUUUUUUGCACAUCUCAGCGAAAUUUCGUUUGUUUGCUUGCUGAAUAACAGAAGAAGAAGAAGAAAAUAAUUUUAGAUUAAUUUCCAAACAGGAACAGCCCAGGACGUGGCCGAACAGUUAUGGAGAGACUCAAAGAAGCGCAACUUCGACGGUCUUGUAAUGGCUAUGGAUGAUUACCAAAUACAACAACUCACUGAAGAAUAUUUGGUAUUGUUUGUAGUGGCUACCACUGGGGAUGGUAAAGAGCCUGAUAAUAUGCGGAACACAUGGAAGUUUCUGCUGAAACGUAACUUGCCAGUUGACUCUUUGAGCAACUUGCAAUUCGCUUGUUUAGGUUUGGGAGAUUCCAGUUAUGCUAAAUUCAAUUACGCAGCAAAAAAGUUAAAUAAACGCUUACAACAAUUGGGUGCCCAACCUAUUAUACCGUUAGCCUUGGCAGAUGAUCAACAUGAUUAUGGUUCAAAUGCGGUAGUUAUACCAUGGAUGACGAAUGUAUGGGAAGAGGUGGAAGAACGAUUGUGUUUAAACUUUCGAAAUGUCGAAAACUUACACGAAACUUUUUUUUUCAAGUGGCAUUGCUGCAGAUUAGAUCAUACUGCAAUUCUUGAUGAAGACAAUUAUCACCUACUUUGGCCUCAUCGCCAAACUCCCACUCAUUCAUUUAAACUAAUAAACAAUGUGCGUACCACUGAUCCUUCGCAUUUUCAAGAUGUUCGCUUUAUACAAUUUGAAGUGCCUGAAAGUGCAACUUGGUUACCCGGAGAUAUUAUAGAAAUUCAUCCUCACAACUCUAAAAAACAAAUUGACGAGUUUUUUGCCUUAGUCCAAGAACAUGAACUGGACUUUGAUUCCAAUACAUUAGUGAGAAUGAGUAGCAACCAUCAGGGCAUGAUUCUGCCUAAAUGUUAUAGUAAACCUUUAAAUGUUAGACAAAUGGCAACAUACAUAUGGGAUUUGAGCGCUAAACCGCGACGAAGAUUUUUUGAAUUAUUGGCUUUGAACUGCGAAGAUAAUAUGGAAAAGGAAAAACUUUUAGAAUUUACUACUUCCGAUGGUUUGGAGGAGGUACUUAAUUAUAUUAAUCGACCACGCAGGACUGUUCUAGAAGUUUUGCAAGAUUUCCGUCAUGCUACGUCCAAGCUGACUUUGGAAAUUUUUAUUGAAAUGUUUAGCUUCAUACAAACCCGCAGUUUUUCUAUAGCUAGUUGUGUAGAAAGCAAAACGUUGGAUCUCCUAGUAGCCGUAGUAGAGUAUAGAACUAAAAUGUCUUCGCCGCGUUUGGGUCUUUGUUCGAAUUGGUUGAAAUGCUUAAAGAUAGGCGACAACAUUUUGGGUUGUCUUAAACGAGGUACCAUGCAAUUACCGAAAGAGCUUAGCACACCUUUGAUAAUGAUAGGACCUGGUACAGGGAUUGCACCAUUCCGUAGCAUAAUUCAAAAGCUUACAAUUAAUCAAAAUGAUUUGAACUCACAUAAAAGCUUAAUGUGGAUAUUUUUCGGUUGUCGAAAUCGUUCAAAAGAUUUUCAUUUUCAAAACGAUUUGGAAUUAUGGCACAAACAAAACCAUAUAAAACUCGUUGUUGCUUUUUCAAGAGACCAAGAUCAUAAGAUUUAUGUCCAACAUCUAAUAGAGGAGAAUUCGCAAGAAUUGAAAAAAUUAAUAAAGGAAUGUAAUGCCUAUGUAUACGUAGCCGGUUCUUCCACAAACAUGCCUAAAGCCGUAAAAGAAGCCUUUAUAAAUGUUUUAGAUAAAGAUGAAGCGUAUGUCGAAAAAAUGUUUAAAAUUAAUCGUUAUCAAGAAGAGACGUGGUCAUGAAGAUUUAUUAAAUAAAUAUUUCG